CAACAUAACUUGCAACUCUUGCUCUCUCCACUCGAAGAAGCUUUUGAUAGAAAUAGGCAGAGAAGGUUUCUGUCUGUCUGUCCUCCACAUGGAGUAUCAAGCAUUCGAGGUGUAUCUUCUAAUUAUUAUUAUUAUUAUUAUUCAUAGGUGAUGUUGUGUUUGUAUUUGUGUUUUAGGAGGAUUGCAAUCGCGGUUCUCUGUUAAUUCAAUUGUGCGCAUCAGGUGGAAGAUAUUCAUGCACCAUGAAUGAAUGAUCUUCUGUGUUGGACCCUCCGGUUGCGGUAACUGGACAGCGCACGGAAUCUAAACUUAGGCAAAGGAAAUAUAUGUGUGAAUUUGUAGAGCUAUAUAUAUAUAUAUAUAUAUAUAUAUACAUAACAGAGGAAGAAGAAGAAGUUUUCACUCGAUUUAAUUCUGAGCUCGCGUUUGAGUUCAUUCUUACAUUUAGACUUGUGUUUUAUGUGAGUCGCGAUAACUUGGGUAGUCGGCAACCAUGGGGGAGGUCGAAUCUGGGGAUUAUGUGUCUCACGCAUGUGUCUGAAUCGUGACUUGGACAUGGCGGUACCAACUAUGACAUGCCUCACAUAGUUAAGAGAAGGGAGCUCUGGUAAUCUUUUUGCAGGCAUCACAUCUGUAGUUUGAGUGUUAUGGCAAUUCGAGUGGGAGCUUAAUUCAUCAGGAGGUUGAGGUUUUCUGAGGUUGAGUCGGUUUUUUGGGAAUUUAGGUCUCGAUGGAAUUUUGGUUAAGGUAGAAUCAUCGAAGCUCUUUGGGUUGCGGGCACCGCUGCAGAGUGGAUCGUAUCGGAGUUGGGUUUUUGGGUGGCGUGUUUGUGAGGAAUGGCGCGUGGAGGGAAGCAACAGAAGAAGAAAGUGGAGGAGGUGGAUUUCGGUGUGAUCACCGCGGAGGCUCGCAAGCAAGUUUGGUCGGGAGCCGUGCCAAUACAACUCCACCUUCACCCAUCUGAAAUCACUGGCUCGCAGGCUCCUUCACCUUUCCUGAUGUUGGCACCACGAAAUGGUUACCUACCGUUGUUGGAGCCCGAGAUUCAACAGCAUUUCGCGAAGGCUAUACCUUCCAAUGCUGAUUCCAUAUGGUUUGACUAUCAAGGAUUGCCUUUAAAAUGGCACAUCCCGACGGGUGUAUUGUACGAUCUACUGGUGGCAGAAUUUGAAAGACCAUGGAACCUCACGUUACAUUUUAGGGCGUAUCCUGUAGAGGUCUUGACUGUGUGUGAAGAUGAUGCGGUCAAGUGGAACUUCGUGAACGCCCUUAAAGAGGCAUCGUAUGUCAUGUACGGGAAUAUAAAGAGCGUAAUGAACAUUUCGCAGUUAGAUCAGGUGGAGCUGUGGCGAUGUGUUGUCAAAGGAGAGCUGGAAGGUUAUGAUCGAAUUGCAGCCCGUUUGAGACCUGGAUUUGGUGGUGGAGGAAACUGGGUUCGUGAAAUUCUGCUCACCCCAACCUGUGAUGAUGCUUCGUCCGGUGGUGCAUUACUUAGAGCAGGAAGCGAAAGCGGAAGGCCAAGCAGGGUUCCUAUUCGAGUCUACUUGAGGACAGUGGACCGCGACUUAGAUGACCUCUUUGAUGCUGCACCAGUCUCAAGCUGGGACGAAGUUGUGUACACGACACGCCCCAUUGAUCUUCGUGGAGGUAGCAUUCUCACUGUACGAGAUGCACUAUUAAAGAUGGUGCCACACCUCUUCACACGCCCCGAAAGUCUGGACGAGUUAUCAGUGAAACCAAGAGAAAGCAGUCCAACAUCCAAAUUAGAGACCGAAGGCCCAACUGAUGAUAGUGUGUCCCAGGCCAUUAGUGAUGCCUCUCCAAAAACAGCAGACGAGGAGCCUAGUACGAGCCCUAUAGAGCCCGUGGCGGGAUUGGGUAGCGCAGCUGGGGAGCCUGAUGACCUAGUGCUUGAAGGCAUUGUCCGCGUGCAGGGAAUAGAGCUUAAUCUUGACUUGCCUCUCGAAUGGGUUGCCAGGAACCUUUGUGGGCCAGAGAAUUUCAUUCACCUCAUUGUAAUAUCAAGAAGGGUGACUCUACAGCUACCUUCUAAAGCAAUGGAAUGACCUUUCCUUUUUAUAGUUU